GAGUUCAAAGCACAGACUCCACUCAACAACUCUAAGGCAGAGUUCCUCAAGCAACCAACACUUGCUACAGAUGUGGUCACUAUGAAACACAAUAGGAUCCACCAGCUCUCUCAUCAUGCAGGGCAAUGUUCACCGGGGGAAUGCGGGAAGCAGGCCAGAAUAUCAUUGAGUUGAAGGGUGUGUCUGCCAGGGGCCUGAAACACGUCAUUGAUUUUGCAUACAGUGCUGAGGUAACCCUGGACCUAGACUGUAUUCAGGAUGUGCUGGGAGCUGCAGUCUUCCUGCAGAUUGUGCCCGUGGUGGAAUUGUGUGAGCAGUUCUUGAAGUCAGCUAUAAGUGUGGAGACUUGCCUUAACAUUGGGCAGAUGGCCACCACCUUCAGCCUGUCCUCUUUGAAAGAAUCAGUGGAUGUUUUCACCUUUGCUCACUUCCUACAAAUUGCUGAGGAGGAGGAUUUCCUGCAGCUUCCCCUUGAAAGACUCAUCUUCUUUCUGAAGAGCAACAAGCUGAAAAAUUGCAGUGAGGUUGACCUGUUCCACGCUGCUAUCAGAUGGUUGCAGUAUGAUGAGUCUCGACGAGCCAAUGCACAUCUGGUCCUGUGUCAUAUCCGCUUUCCCCUGAUGAAAUCCUCUGAACUAGUGGACAAUGUCCAGACACAGGCUGUGAUGGUGGAAGACCCUGUGUGUCGUCACUACCUGCUGGAAGCAUUCAACUACCAGAUCCUGCCAUUCCGCCAACAUGAGAUGCAGUCUGCUCGGACCAGAAUCCGAUCAGACACUGUCUCCCUUGUUGCCUUUGGUGGCACUCCAUACACUGAUAAUGAUCGGACAGUCAGUUGCAAAGUCUUUGCUCUUGCUGACGGGAAUGCACGUCAGUUCAUGGAGAGACCAGAGAUGGAGAUAGGCUGUAGUCACGCCUGCAUUGCUGUCUUGGAUAACUUUGUAUAUGUGGUGGGAGGUCAGCAUCUACAGUACAGGAGUGGUGAAGGAGCAGUCAGCUGGUGUUUCCGUUAUGAUCCCCAUCUCAAUCACUGGUUACGGAUUCGGUCCAUGCAGGAAGGUCGCAUUCAGUUCCAACUAGAUGUGCUGCAAGGAAUGUUAUUCGCCACUGGAGGCCGGAAUCGGUCUGGGAGCCUCUCCACAGUCGAGCGUUACUCUCCACGAAGAAAUGAAUGGACAAAUGUGUGUUGCUUGAAACGGCGGACUUGGGGACAUGCAGGAACAUCCAGUGGGGGCAAACUCUAUAUCUCUGGAGGCUAUGGUAUCACCGUUGAGGAUAAGAAAUCUCUUCUCUGCUACACUCCUGAAACUGACCUCUGGGAAUUCAAAACCCCAAUGAAUGAGCCACGGGUCCUUCACUCAAUGGUUGGAGCGAAUGGACGGAUUUAUGCAAUUGGUGGCCGCAUGGACCAUGUUGACCACUGUUUCGAUGUCCUGGCAGUUGAAUAUUACAUCCCUGAAACUGAUCAGUGGACCAGCGUCAGUCCAAUGAGGACCGGCCAGUCUGAAGCUGGCUGUUGUGUGUUGCAAAGAAAGAUUUAUGUGGUGGGCGGUUAUAACUGGCACUUGAACAAUGUGACAAGUAUUGUGCAAGUUUAUAAUAUCGGCACAGAUGAGUGGGAGAGGGACCUACAUUUUCCUGAAUCAUUGGCAGGAGUUGCCUGCGCCCCCCUUGUCCUCCCAUAGCUUGUAGAGCAAUGAUAGCAAAGACACUGCUGCAAGACAGAAUGGAGGAGCCAGAGGACCUUCAGUGUGACAAUUCAAGUAACCAUACAGUGACCUGUUUGAUUUGAAACCUAUUUAAACUCAGCCAUUCAACAAUAUUCUGUAGAGAUGUAUUAAAAACCCAUGUUGAUGCUUAAAUCAAAUAUUUGAAUCCUCCCCACAUGGCUUCAAAUAGUGAAAGCAAAAUGAAGCAUAUCAGAAUUACAGAUAAAAAGCUCCAGCCUGCUGUCACCCUGCAUGCAAUGUUACCUUUCCCCCCCAAACUCCCUGCAAACCACUGGUCCCACACAUGUAAGAUGUUCUAGCAGCUCUGUUGCCGUGCAUGAUACAAGUUUCUUGACUUCAUUGUGCUAAAACUGGCAACAGUACAGCACACUGAAUUGCUGAGCAUUGGAAUCUUUUGUGAAGCCAAACCCUCCCAAGAUCCAUGAGAUAUUCAGUUCCAAUAAUGAUUCCAUUGAAUGUGCAUUAAAAGUAAAGCUGGUUUUUCAUGCUCAGCAUGUGAUGAACUCUUCAAAUCAGGACAAUAGCAAAAUGCAGAUGCUGGAAAUUUGAAUUAAAAGCAAAAUUGCUGGAAAACCCACAAGAUCAGACAGCAUCUGUGGGGAGAGCAGUUAAGGUUUCAGGUCGAUGAGUUUUCAUCAGAUAAGCACUGCCUCUCAAUUUUUCUUCAGUUAAUUUUGGAGUGAUUGAAUGUGAAACAUCACUGUAUUCCUAAAUGUUAUUUUUGCAUGAAGCCUCUGUGAAGAACGCCAAAGCACUAUCACUGGUUACAGCCAUCCUCUCUAGAAAAUGUGCUUGGACUCUAGCUAUUUACAGUAUACAUGAUUUAGAUGAAGGAACUAAACUUUAUAUUUCCACAUUUGCAGACAACACAAAGCUGGGUGGGUGAAAUGAGGAGGAUGCAAAACUGUUUGUGUGAUUUGGACAAGUUGAGUGGGUAGACACAUGCAUGGAAGAUGGGUAUAAUGUGGAGAAAAGUGAGCUUAUCCACUUCGGCAGCAAAAACAGGAAAGCAGAUUUUUACUUGAAUGUAAUGGAUUGGGAAAGGGGGAGGUGCAGUAAGACCUGGGUGUCCUUGUACAUCAGUGGCAUGCAGGUGCAGCAGGGUGAAGAGGCAAGUGGUAUAUUUGCCUGCAUAGGGAAAGGAAUCAAGUACAGGAGCAGGUAUGUCUUGCUGAAACUGUACAGGGCUUUAGUGAGACCACACCUGGAGAACUGUGUACAGUUUUGGUCACCUUAUUUUACCAACCAAUGAAUUACCAUUUUUCCUGUGACGUCACAAUUUGCUUUGUGCUAAGCUCCUGAUCCUGUGCUUCAAUUUACCCUGUUAAAAUGACAACCAGCAAUGAGCCAAAAAAAGCAAGCACAAAGUACCUCUUCUCACGCUGCCUGCAAAGACCUGAACUAUGUAUUCACUCAUGCUGUGUCUCAUUCCAGACGUGAUCUUUCCUUUGCUUACUGAUUGUGCACUUUCAACAGAUGUCCUCUUAAAUAGAGCUGAGAUGACCCACACUAGUUAAGUAAUCAACACCUAUGAGGCUCUGAUCAAGCUUCAGUUGAUUGACUGAUGACUGUCCCUCAGUCAGCUGGUUAGUUACCUUGUUGACCUUUUAACUAAACCUCUAAACUUUAAACUUUUAACUUUUAAAAUGGAGGAAGAAAAGAACGAUUUGCUGGUCUCCCAUGCUGACUCCAAAGUCCCCAAAGUAUAUACUCAAGCUUUGUCUCACUCCGAAUUGAUCUGUUCUUCCUGACUGUGCGAAGCUCACUGAAUUAAAACAGAACUGGACAGGGUAAAUGCAGAAAGGAUGUUUCUGAGGACAGGGGAGUCCAGAACCUGGGGACCACAGAUUAAGGAUAUGGGGUAGGUCAUUUAGGACUGAGAAAUGUCUUCACCCAGAGAGCGGUGAGCCUGUGGAAUUCUCUGCACAGAAAGUAGUUGAGUCUAAACCAGCUACUUAAGGGUAAACCUACAACAGAAGAGUGGGAGGUGUUCCACAAGGAAUUGGGGAAAGUACAGGCCUAACAUGAUCUGAUUAGAGUGAAAUGUAGGAGCAAUAAGCCCAGAGAAUCCUGCAUGUCAAGGAAUAUUCCAAAAUGGGUUAAAGGGAAAGGAAAGGCAUAGAACAGGUACAAAGGGAACAAAUCAAUGGAGUUCCUAGUGGGCUGGGGUGGAGGAGGUCCUUAAGAAAUCAAUGGAGAGAGCAAAGAGGGAGAGUGAAAAAAAACAGUGCAGGCAAGCUUAGGGAGAAUCCCAAGAUUUCCUACAAGUAUAUGAAGGGGAAAGGCCUAACAAGGGGAAAGUAGGGACCAAGGGGAAAAUUAGUACAUGGAGCCAGAGGACAGUGGUAGUGUUAUGGACCAGACCAAUCCCCCUCAAAGUAUAUUCAGAAGAUGGUCUAGACCCUAACGUCUUGUUACCUUAAAGGUAAGUGUAAGGUGUUGCAUUCCAGAUACAGUUCGAUUGGUCAAACUACUCGAUGUUAAGCAAACAAUUUUUACUUUUACACUACAAUUAAAAUACGGAUAAAAUAAAAACCACUGAAGGAAUUGGCUUAACUGUAACUCUAUUGAAAUGCUUAACAAAAUAUUAGAUGUAUUAACUAAUACUAAUUAACUGUUCCAAUAUAAUAACAUCCCAUAAACACACCCUUGGCAAAGGCAAAUUCAGUAAAAUAGAUGGGCUCUCAUGUAAUUCUAACAGCAGGAAGAGAACCCCAGCUUUUAGCUGUAACAGAGAGAGGAAAAGCAGCUUCAAGACCCCAGCAGCUGCUACUGAAAAUGUAAAAUUAAAAAUGCUGCUUCUGUGGAAACUUGACCCCAACCAUUCAGACUACUUGUAUUGUUCCAAACUUUUAAAUAAAAAGCACCAAGGCCUCACAAGCUGUUUAUUGGAUUCAAAUAGACAGCUCAGGACCUCUGUCUUAAAACGUCUCUUCAAAAAGAAAACAGGACAAAUACAUCUCUUAAAGCCAUAGUAUCAUCACACCCCCCCUUAAAAAAAAACCCAUCAAUAUACAAAGAUGGGUACAUUUUUAAAAAUCUUGAUUCUUAUGCUGUUAGUACACUACAAUACAUAUACAUUACGUUGACUCUAACCAUGGAAACAUUCACUACUACAGUCCAUUUCGGCCAGUUUGUCCUGCCACCAAAUGCCUCCAUCUUCCUUCACCAAAGUUGUGACAGCAUAUCGGCAAUUAUGUUCUCUCAUCCUAACAUGUAUAUAAUUUUCAAAUUGAAUGGCUGCAAUAAUAAGCUCCAUGUAAACAAUCUGGAAUUUUUGUCCUUAAAUUUCUCCAGGAACUUUAAGCGGUUGUAAUCAGCAUAUUCAAUUGACUCAGACACAUUACUGGCAACAUAAGUGUUGAAAUGUUGCAAUGCCAACAUCAAUCUCAAAGUCUCCUCCUCAAUCAUAGAAUAUUUCUGUUAAUAAUUAUUCAAUUUUCUUGAAAAAUACCCAAUACAUAUUUCUAUCUUCUCAUCUUGUUGCAACAAAACAGCACCGACACCCAUAUCACUUGCAGUGAUGGCCGCCUUGAAUGGCUUUGCGUAAUUAAAUGUGGCUAACUCUACGCAGUGGGUAACACAGCUUUCAGGCUGUCAAAUGCCUUCUGACAGUCCUCCAUCCAUUGAAAUUUUCUGCACUUCUACAAGUCAAUCAGUGGAGCAACCACACUGCAAACAUUUGGUAUGAACUUCUGAUAAAAACCACUCCAUCCCAGGAAUCAUAUAACUUCUGUCUUCGUCGAUGGUAUGGGAAGCUCCUCAAUAACCUUUGUUUUCACGUCAUGUGAGACCAUCUUUCCAUUUACAAUGGCACGGCCCAGGAACAUGAUUUGGGCUUUUGCGAGCUCACUCUUAGCAAGGUUUAUCACUAAGCCUGCGCCCUAAAGUUGAUUGAAUAAUUCUGAUAGAUGCUUCAAAUGUGUCUUUCGCAUGUAACUAAAAAUCACCAGAUCAUUGAUGUACACUACACCAUUGGGUAAUCUCGAAAUGACUAUUGGUUAGUCUUUGAAAUGUGGCUGGCGCAUUUUUCAGACCAAAUAGCAUGACUUUAAACUGACUUUAAAUUUCCUUCACACUUUCGGAUAAAGGUACCUGUCAGUGUCCUUUAAGAAAGUCCAGCUGAGAGGUAUAAGUUGUUUGUCCCACUUUCUUAAUAUAGUCUUGCAAACGUGGAAUGGGAUAUGAAUUAGACUUUGUAACUGCAUUGACUUUGAGAUAGUCCACUUAUAAUUAUUGGAUACCACCUGGUUUUGGCACCAUUACUACGGGUGAGUUCCAUUUGCUGCAGCUCAUUUCAAUUAUAUUGUCUUUGAGCAUGCGUUCAAACCCUUUUUGAAUCUGUACCAACCUUAGAGGGUUAUGUCUAUAAGGAUGUUGCUUAAUUGGAACACAUUUUCUAUAUCUACAUUAUGUGUCAUUAGUACUUUCCCAGCUUAUUCCCACAUAUCUCCCCAAUUGAUUGUAAUAAUUCUUUCAGGUCAUUUUGAUAUUCCUUUGGAAGUUAACUCUAUUUUAUCCCAAUUUUUGAGAACUUCCUCAUGUCUAAUUUAAUUUGAGGAACAUCCAAUUCAGAAUCCCCUGAACUUGGCUCUUCACUCUGUGUUGAAACCAGUAACACAUUCUCCUUUUGCUUUCCUUCCCUAUCGAAAUAACUUUUGAACAUAUUCACAUGACACACUGAGAGAUUUCUUUCUAUCUGGCGUUCUUAGCAAAUAGUUCACCUCACUCAAUUUCCUUUCAAUUUGAUAAGGCUCACUAAACCUUGCCUUUAAAGACUCACCUACCAUUGGAAGUAACACUAACACUUUAUCUCAACCAGCAAAAUGGCAUUUUUUUGAUUUAUUGCUUGCUUCCUGUUUUAUCGCAUGCUGUGUUACUCUCAAAUGCUGUCUCGCCAACUUAUCCACUCUAUUUAAUUUUUGCUAAAGUUUGACACACAGUCCAAAUAUGUGGUCUUUGAACUCUGAUUCACCAAUUUCUCAUUAACUAAUUUCAGUGGUCCUCUCACCUCAUGCCCAAAAACUAAUGCAAAUGGAUCAAAUUUAAUUGAUUCAUUAGCAGUAUCCCGAAUUGCAAAAAGUACAAAUAGAGUUCCUUUAUCCCAGUCCUCUGGAUUGUCUUGCGUGUAAGCCUCAACAUGGUCUUUAAAGUUUGAUGCCACCAUUCUAAUUCUCCUUGCGAUUCUGAAUGGUACGUGGUGGAUUUGAAAUGUUUUAUUUCUAAGUUAUCCAUAACUUCCUUGAAUAAUUUUGAUGUAAAAUUUGACACUUGGUCUGAUUUGUGUUUCUCCGGGUAGUCUGUAUCCAGUAAAAAAAAAUUGAGUAACUCUUCUAUAAUCCUUUUAGCUGUAA